GGGAGGCUCGGAGUGUUAGUAAGCAGAGCGGCCAUCUUGUCGAGCUCAGUCGGGAACUAACUGCCGAGCAGUGAGGGACGGUGAUGCGGAAGAGAGGCCAGAUGUGUUAGAUGAAGGGUUUUUAAUGCGCUUCCGAGCCCGAUUGCCGCUACGUGCGAGAGGCUGUGCGAUAGCGACGACGGAGCAACGACGAUCACCGCGGGACUUUCGCGUGCGAAAAGGCCCGGUACAUCCGAUUAAAAACCUUCAGCAGAGGGGAAGCUGCGGAGGAGCGGAUAGAAGAAGAGGAGGCGGCGGAGGAGGAGGAGGAGGAGGUAGCAGCAGCAGCAGCAGCAGCAGCAGCAGCAGCAGCAGCAGCAGCAGAGGCAGCGGAGAAGGUUCUGGCGAGAGGCAGACGACGACUUAGCUUCUCAUCGACGGAAAGGCUUGGCCGUUUCUCGGCUACAAGAGAAGAAUCGCGACGCCGAGAGGCGGAGAGAGAGAGAGAGAGAGAGAGAGAGAGAGAGAGGAGAGAGAGAGAGAAAGAGGGAGAAGAGUCAGAGCGCGCGGAGGAUGACCGACCGAGAGAAAGUGCAGUGUCAAAGUCUGUGAUAGUAUUUAUAAAAAAAGAAGAAAAAUCCGACAACAUCGGCACCUGUGGACGUGUCAUCGUCGUUCGCGAAAAAGGAAGGACGAACAACCCGCGCGGAGGAAGGAUAUAUAUAUAUAUAUAUAUAAAUAUAUAUAUAUAUAGAAAGAUAGGCUUUAUAUAUUUAUUUAUAUCUGUGAUAUCGACGCUGAUAUACAUCGACUUUCUUCGAGAGAAAUAAGAAGAGACGAAGAGUAAGAGAAAGAAAGAGAGAGAGAGAGAAAUCGCUCCGAAGGGAGAUUAUAUCAGUAUCUUAGUGGAUAGGCUUUUUUGUAUAUAUACGACUGACUCUUUUUUAUAAUUAUUGCCACCGGUGCGAAUCACGAGAGAGCACGUACGCUCGGACAGAUCUCUCGAUAGUGCGAACCCACCGCGAUAUUCUCGGCGCUCCUUCCCGGACGUCAUCGUUGGACGAGAGCGAAGAGCGAGCAAAGAGGAAACAUGGUGGAGAAGAUCCUGGAGGAGAGAGAGGACGGCAGUCAGGAGGCCGGACGAGGCGAUGGCACCUGCCGGGAUGUAGCUUCGACGGGGGAGACCAUGAGCGCGGUGCAAGCUCGUCAGGAAGAGGCGAGACGCAAGAGGCGCAGGAAGAGACGCUCCGGCUCGUCCGUGGUGUCCUCCUGCUUCCAAGAAUUGUACAAGCUGACCGGAGAAGUUCUCGGGGAGGGUGCUUACGCUUCGGUCCAGACCUGUACGUCCCUCUACACGGAUCUCGAGUACGCCGUAAAGAUCAUCGAUAAGAUUCCCGGACACGCGCGUGCUAGAGUGUUUAAGGAAGUCGAAACGUUCCAUCAUUGCCAGGGCCAUCCAAACAUCAUACAGCUGAUCGAGUUCUUUGAAGACGAGGAGAAGUUCUAUCUCGUGUUCGAAAAGAUCAACGGUGGCCAAUUACUGAAUAGAAUUCAGGAACGGGUUCACUUCACCGAGAGAGAAGCGAGUCAAAUCGUCAAAGAGAUUGCGAGCGCGUUAAACUUUCUUCAUAAGAAAGGGAUCGCUCAUAGAGAUCUCAAGCCCGAGAACCUCUUGUGCGUGUAUCCGGACAAGUUGACGCCAAUCAAGGUAUGCGACUUUGAUCUUGGAUCAGGUAUCAAGUUCAACAACUCGUUGUCUAGUCCUGUGGCAACGCCGCAACUUUUGACGCCAGUGGGCAGCGCCGAGUUUAUGGCGCCGGAAGUAGUCGAGGCAUUCAUCGGCGAGGCCAAUUAUUACGACAAACGUUGCGAUCUCUGGAGCCUUGGUGUCAUCAUGUAUAUUCUGCUCUGCGGCUAUCCGCCCUUUUACGGCAACUGCGGCACUGACUGCGGUUGGGGCAGAGGGGAAAAUUGUCAAGCUUGUCAGGAAUUGCUGUUCACCAGUAUUCAAGAGGGCAGAUACGAGUUUCCCGAUAAGGAGUGGAGAUGCAUCUCCGAGGAUGCGAAAGAUUUGAUUAGAGGCUUGCUCGUCAAGGAGGCACAUCAGAGGUUCAGCGCCGAUAGUAUUUUGAAACAUUCUUGGAUUAAUCCCGGGCCGACUUCCGUUGAAACUGGUGAUCGAUCGCUCACCACACCUCAUAUCAUAAGGAGGAACAACUCCGCUAGAGAACUCUCAGCGUUCGCUGAGUCCGCAAUGGCUGUGAAUCGUGUGGUACUUCAGCAUUUCUCUCUAAAUCUCGAGGAGCUGGCGGAGAACCGGGAACCUAGACUGUCUACGUCGUCGACCGACGACGACAAUCAUCCGUACGGUCACAUGUCCGACUCGAGCAGCGAGUUAUCCGAGAACAGCAAGCACUUGACGACGCAUUCUUCUAGCGAAUUUGACGGUUUGCGACAAAAGUCGUGUUCCGUGCGCUCCAGCGUCGAUUUGAACGAUUCCAAGAUCAUCGGUAAGAAUCGCAUCAUAAGCAAAGACUCGCUGCAAAAUUUGUUUGGGCUGUCACCGCCAACCGAGAGUCGUCUGAUGCAGCGCCGUUUGAAGGCACGCUCCGACCUACUCGAACGUCAGACCGGCAAAGCGGUAAUUGCGUCUCCGAGUGGCUGAGAGAGAUCGCAGUAGUACCGCCGAUCGCUCUUUCUCAUUACAGUAUCACUUGUCUCUUUGUAGCUACGUGAGAACGAUGUACAAUACUUUUUUCCAAGGCUUAGGAAGCUAAUGUGUAGCGUAAGUCGAGUCUCUGAUUCUACGCGGAUAUAACGAGAACAGGCUCAAUCCAUUUACGGUAGUGACGACAGCGAUAAUAAUCGAAUAAAAAAUAUUUUCGCCGCGAAAAAUGAUCGAAAAGAAUAUCUCACCGUUAUCUUUUCUUUCUUUUCAAUAAGCUUCUUUUGUUUUAAACCUUUGUUUUUUUAGCAGACAAUUUGAUGACAAACAGAUUGUUUUUCUUUCCAAGAUAAAAUUUCAGGUAUCCCCUAUUAAUUGCAAAUUGAUUAAUAUAACGUGACAUAUACAUACAGUUGUAACAUUGCAUAGUAUAGCUAUUAUUAAAAUAAUGAAUAAAAAAUAUAAAAUAAGAAAUUUUCGGUUAGAAUGUAAAUCUUGAUUAUAAUAUAAUAUUAUAUGCACUUGUAAGUGUGCAUUAAAGCGUGCACCUUGCGAUACGUAAGAAAAACAUUUAAUAUUAUCGAUAAAAAAAAAUGAAGAUAUUACAGUUUGACAUUGCGCGUUAAUAAUCUUGGAAAUAAAAACAAAUCUGAUUUCAUCAUCAUCGCCUAAUCUUCGUGUAAAGCUGCGUGUUGCUCGUUACUCACGCAGUUACAUAUUAUUAUAUAUUGCACAGAGCUAUCUACACGACACGCGCAUCUAACAUUAUAUCACUCAUGGAUGGAAAAUCGACUUUCAAAUAUUUUAUUCAUCCAUAUGUCAACAUUUAUAUGCAAACGAGUCAACAUUGCAAAGCACUCUGAGGAAGUAAAUUGAUUCGAAAGUACAUUGAUGCGUCGACUCUGACGCAAUCUUAUUCUUUCGCUACGUAUCAGAAACGUAUGUUGAAACAAAAAUACGCGUGUAGACAGAUUAUUAACAAAAAAAAAAAAAAAAAGAGGAGAAAGAUGAAGACUCUCGUGAUCGUGAUAGUUCGUGUGUUAUUCUAACGCACGCGAAUGCUUUAUUACAUAAAUAUUUUUUUUUUAAAUUUGUUUGCGAAAUCCCCUUCAGUUAAAAAGAACAAAAAAAAAACAAAAAAAAAUCGACGAACAUAAUUGACGCAAGGCGAAAAAGAUGUUCCUUUUAUUGCUUUUUUGAUAUUGUUUCAAGUAUAUUCGAGCCAUAAUAUACAUACAUACAUAUAUAUUAUAUAUAUAUAUUCUCGAACGAAAUAAACGAGUGAAUGUCUCAGCCCACAGGUGCAGAUUAUAGUUUGCUCAUAUAUAGAGAUAAAUAGAAAUGCGAUAGAUCGUAAGUCAACGCAAGAUUUCAGAGCGACAUUCAAAGGGUGGAAGCACGAAAGUGGAUGAAAAGAGAGAAUGAGCUGCUCUAGCUUCGUUUGCAAUUUCGCAUUUUUGUGUAUUAAAUCACGAGAUAAUAUUUAUCGAUAUAAUAAUGUUAUAUAUUUUCGUAGAGUUUUAUUGACCCUAAAAUUGUUUUAUAUAUAACACUAGUUCAAUCCACGAUAAUGCUUUAUAUUCUUUUUCUACAAAUUAUUUGCAUUCAUCUAAAUUUUUCUCGCUAUAAUUAUGCACGAAUUCGUGAAACAAAAAAUUGAGUGAGAAAUUUCACUUUGAUUUUUAUAAAGAUAAAUCAUCGAUACUUUUUUUUUCUCUUGAUUUAGAGGAAAAAAAAUACAUAUACAAAGCAUUUCUCUCAUUCACUUCUUGCUGAUGCGGAUGGACCGAUUUUACUCAGGGCAGCUGGGAGACCGCUGCGUAUUAUUCUACAUAAACAUACAAUUUGAAAACUGGGAGAAAAUGUUAAGAGCUAUUUGUGUGUGUAAAAUUUACAAAAUGCAGUCCCUCCAUAAAGCUAAUAUCAGCAAUUGCGUCAGCAUUCGCUUCAAGAUUUCAGGAAGGAUCUUGUAAUUUUGAAAGAGAACAGAUGAAAGAUUGGGAGGGCUGCAAAUGUGUAAUAUGCGUUUGUACAUUAUAAUUGCAUCAUUGGAAACUUUCUUAGAAAGUCAUUCGCUUGCUGUAGGCAGGUACGGCUUUUGUCAACUUUUGUCUUCUUUGUACUUUGUAAGUACCAGUAAGAUAAAGAUUAGUGUUUAUAGCGCGCGCGCAGAUAAAAAUGAGAUUUUAUAUAUAUAUGUGUAUAUGUAUAUAUAUACAUGUAUAUGUACACAUAUAUAUUUGAAAAUUUCCGUGUAAAUAGAAAAGCUACGAUAUAGAGGUACGGAAAGCAAUAUACAAUGUGGGCUCUCUUAUAAAAGGGAGAAUGUUGAAAGAUUAUAAUAUAUAUAUUUAUCGGCCUCUUUGCGCAAAGCCAAAAAAAAAAAAACACUUUGUUCCUUAAUCAGCCAUAGUGUGUCAGAAAUUAUCGUAAAAAUUAAUUUCCCCACUUGUCUUUUUCCUACUUUGUCUUGCGCAAAGUUCUAUACGAUAUACAACUCGUCAAGCAAUUAAGCGUACGCUCGAAAAUCUCCAAAAUUAUUAUCUUUUUCUUAUCGGAUCGCGAAAAAAAGAGAAAAAUAUUCUUUCUUGUAUCGAGCGUGCGUAUAAAAUAUCAAUAUAAGCUCGAAUGUAUAAGUGAAUGCUCUUUAAUAAAAGGACGAAACAGGAAAGAGGUAAUAUAUAUAUAUAUAUAAACAUAUAAGAAGGUAUAUAAAAAGAAGCGUGUGGAGUAAAUGUCGGAGUGUGCAGAGCGUAAGAAAGAAAAUAUAAAAGGAAAAGAAAAAAAUAUACAAAUGGCCAUAAUACGCAGAUCUGUAAGCGUAACGAGUUUAAGAUUGUAUAAUAAAAUGCGAGAGAGUACACUAAAUGUGUGUGUAUGUAUGCGCGGAUGUGUGUAAGGUUGUAACGAAUGAAGAGAUAAGAAACGUGUGAAAAAAACUAAAACUAAUUACUAGCCUUUAAGAAGAAAAAAAGCACCUUGUCAUAAGUUUAUAUAGCAUAAAGGUACCGCUGAGUCAUACCGACCAGAGUAUCAGAUUGUUGUUUACUUUGAUCCCUUUACAUCUUCACGCAUCUAUCUCGAUACAAACGAAUCGAUUUGUAAUAGAUUUUUUUUGUUCGCCCGCAUACACAUGCACGCAUCAUGAGAGUUGAAAACAAAAACAAUGAUGUAUCGAAGAUUGAAAUUGUGAUAAUGCUUUUCGCGUGCCGUGGCUGGACCA